CCCGCGUGCAACUAUCAAAAUCCCAGAACGUGUUUUUGUACAAUUCUCCUGGAUUUUGGACCACAUAAACAGGACAUGCAACGUCAGAAACCAAAAGGUCCGGGCAAGCCCGGCCCAAGGUUCAAAUCCGGGGCCAAGGGCUUCAAGCCGCAACCGGGCAAGGGCAGCCAGAACAACAAAAACAACCAUAAACGACAGCGGGAGGAGGUCAAGAAGUCAAAACUGGCUGCUACGGAUACCGAAAUCCAGGACCUGAAGGCAAAAUACCCGGAAAUAGAUGCCCAGGCCAUCAAGAAGUUCCGGGACUUUCCGUUGUCUCAAAAAACCCAAAAGGCAUUGGCGGAAUUCAAGUUUUUUAAUCCCACGCUGGUGCAGCGGGAAAGUAUCGGCCCAGCGCUGAUGGGGAAGGAUGUGCUGGGGGCAGCCGUCACUGGAAGUGGCAAAACCCUUGCCUUCCUGAUACCCGUACUGGAACACCUGUUCAUCAACAAAUGGUCGCGAACGGAUGGUGUGGCUGCCAUCAUUAUCUCACCCACCCGGGAGCUGGCAUAUCAGAUAUUCGAGACCCUCAAGAAGGUGGGCAAGCACCAUGAUUUCUCCGCUGGCCUGAUUAUUGGCGGCAAGAACCUGAAGUUCGAGCGCACCCGCAUGGAUCAGUGCAAUAUUCUCAUUUGUACACCCGGCCGCCUGUUGCAGCACAUGGAUGAGAAUCCCUUGUUCAACACCAGCAGCCUGGAAGUAUUGGUACUGGACGAGGCGGAUCGGUGUCUGGACAUGGGCUUCCAAAAGACCCUAAACUCAAUUAUUGAGAACUUUCCACCGGAUCGACAAACGCUUCUGUUUUCGGCCACACAAACAAACACCAUUGAAGAUCUGGCCCGGCUUAAUCUCAAGGAUCCUGUCUAUGUGGGCUAUGGUCCGACAAAAGCAGGUGGCGGCGGCGAAGCCACAAGCACCUCCACCAAGGAAGUGGCCGUGCUGGCAGUGCCCGAACUAUUGCAACAGAGCUAUGUUGUCCUGAAUCUGGAGGACAAGAUUACAAUGCUGUGGUCCUUUAUAAAGAAUCACCUCAAGCAGAAGAUUAUUGUUUUUGUGUCCAGUUGUAAGCAGGCCAAGUAUCUUUACGAGAUCUUCUGUAAGCUGCGUCCGGGCGUUCCCCUGUUGGCCCUGUAUGGUACCCUGCAUCAGGAUCGUCGCAUUGCCAUCUACGAGGAUUUUCUAAAGAAGAGCCAUGUGGUCAUGUUCUCAACGGAUGUUGCCUCGCGUGGUCUUGACUUUCCCGCCGUCAAUUGGGUGGUCCAGUUGGAUUGUCCCGAAGAUGUCUCCCAGUAUAUACAUCGUGCUGGCCGCUCCGCCAGGAACAAAAGCCGCGGUGAAUGCCUUCUCGUUUUGACGCCCACCGAGGAGGAGUAUAUGAUUGGUGCCCUCAAGGAGCAACUUAACCUGGACAUUCGAUGCGUCCAAAUUGAUCCCAAGAAGCUAUUUUCGCCGCGCGUCAAAAUUGAAGCGUUCCUGGCCCAGUUUCCGGAACUGAGAGCCACUGCCCAGCGGGCAUUUUUGUCGUAUCUGAAAUCGGUCUUCCUUAUGCGCAACAAGCGGCUCUUCAAUGUCUUUAGCCUGGACCUGGACGCCUUUGCCCAGUCCCUGGGUCUGGCUGUGACGCCGCGUGUCCCCUUUUUGGAGAAGUUCCUCUGGCGACAAAAGCAGAUGCAGCAGAAGCAACAGCAGGACCCUGACCAGGUGGCCACCAUUCAUGACAAGCUUCUGCCGAAGAUUAGCAAGCAAAGCUUUGGCGGCGCCUCCGACGACGACGACGAGAAUGAUAGUGAUGAUGAGGACUUUAUCAAGGUGAAGCGACGCGAUCACGACGUGGAGGGGGAACCAGUUGAUCUGGAUCUGAAGGAUGGCGUGAAAGAUGAAAAGGCAGCGGAAGAACCCCUGGUGGUGCCCAAGCGGGAGAAGAAGCUGGUCACCAAGGCCUCCUUGGCCAAGAAGGCAUUGAAGAAGAACCUGCAAGUCAACUCGAAGCUCAAGUUCGACGAAGAAGGCGUAUCGGUGGCCGAUGAACGCAGCCAAAUGAAGGCACUUGCCAGGAAGCAGAGGAAUGAUGACGAUGACGAUCAUGAUGAUGAUGAUGAUGAUGAUGAUGAUGAUGGUGGCAUUGAUUUGGUUAGGUCCAAGGCAUUGCUCACCGAAGAGGAUCAGUAUGACAAGCAGCGGUUCCGGGAGCUGGUCAAGAAACGUCACAAGUUGCAGCGCGAAAAGUUGCGCAAAAAAGCGGAAGCAGCCAAGGGCAGCAGCGACGAGGAGGAGGACGACGAGGCGGAAGACCACGAGCACCAUAUGGAUGCGGCCAGUGACAGUGAGGGCUCGGUGGAUCUCUCCUGGCUACCCGAUCCCGAUAAGAUUUACAAAAAGAAAUCCCAAGAGAAUGGUGAUGCGCCGGAUGGUUCUGCAUCGGAAUCGGAUGCUGGAGAAGAUGAGGGUGCUAGUGGCAAUGACGAGGAUGACACCGAUGACGACUCGGACGAGGAGCCCGCCUACAAAAAGUCCAAGCUAACCAACAAGCUGACCCUGCUCGACACGGAGGCCAUUGCGGCCUCUCUUUUGGGUAGCUAGGUUCUACUUUUCCAGACGGGACUCGACUGUUUCAAUAAAUUAAUGCCAAUUUUUUGUUUUCUUUUAAAAAUAA